AAUAUGUCUUCUUAUCCACAAAUAAGAUAUGAAUAUGCCGAUGAAUCAAAUAGUUCUCAACACUCAAUUUCUGCUGAUCCUCCAUUGUUUGUUAAUUCGCGACCAAUGAGUCAACAACAAGGUUUUGAACAAUUUUUACAUAGUUGUGACGAUCCAGCAGCUCCACCAUUUUCGCCUAUUGGAAAUCUUAUAGGGCCUGAUGUUGACCUUUUUCAACAAUUUAAUCAACCUUCAUUUGGAUCAAGUACAGCGACAACAACGUAUUGGCAACCACGUUUGGAUGAUUGUUCUUUUGAAAAUUCUCAACAAGAUUUACUCUAUACACAAAAUAAUAAUCAACACUCACAAAAUGAGCAAUUUGAUCCUUUUUAUGAAGUAAACAAUGAGAAUCUUCACAGCAAUCGAUCGAUUACUUCAAUUCCAAAUAUUUUGCAUAAUCAACAGUCCCCAAAGCGUGAACCAUUUAAUCGACUUCAAACUAUUGAAAAUACUUCAUUACGCCCACAAUUUUCUUUGUCUUCUAACAAUCAAAAUUUUAAAUUGGAAAAGAAAGAAGUUUCGAAUAAUAAAUUAAUUUUGGAAAAUAAUAUUGAGGAAACACCUAAGCUUAUUUCUGGUCCUCCUGCUCAUUGGCGAUUAGAUGAAGAUUCGGCAGAAGGGACAACUUUUCCUAAUAAACGACAAAAAAUUGUUAAAAACUCUGUUAAUAUAAAAUUGGAAGGAAAAGAAAAUAGUGUUGUUGAAGUGGUUGAAGAAGAGCCUGAACAACCGAGAGAAUUACCUGUAGCACCUAAUGGAUUUGCAAAGCCAGCUUAUUCCUAUUCUUGCUUAAUUGGUCUGGCACUAAAAAAUAGUACUACUGGAGAGGUUUUUGAAUUUGGAAAAUUAUUUUAUAAAUUAGCAUGUGUAAAAAAAUUUGACUUUUCAUCCAAAUUAUAUGGAACUUUGGUACUUAUUUCAUUCCCCUCCCCCCUGUCCGCGAUUUAUUUGAAGUACGAAAUGGUCAGUCAUUUUUCCUAG